GCUGGAGGAAGCAGAAGACAUAAGAAAGAGGAAGAGAUCAGGACAAGGGACAUAAUCAGGCCAGACGGAUACACGGGAAAGAACAGGAAAGUGUCCGAGAGAGAGCAUCCAGAGACAGCUCUGCCAAGAGCAAGUGGAAGCAACUGGAAAAGAGGAGAUAAAGAAUGGGGCAGUUCCACCCUUUGAAUCUCUUUACCUCCCGUUUUCCCAGCACUUGUCUCUGCCCUUGGCAAAUCUCUCUCUCUGGGUAUACACACGUGUAUAGGUGCAUGUCUGCAUUCACAAGGAUGAUAUAGUUGGGGAUGGUCUUGUUUUGAGCAAGGGGUUAGACCUGCAUGUCCACAUGCGCACGUAUGUGAGCACAGGUAUGCGUGAAUGGGUAUGCAUGCAUUCACACCUCUGUCUAUGCGAGCGCACGUGUAUGCAUGCACAUGUAGGUCUGCAUAUGUGCGUGUGUGCCUGCAUGCUCAAGCACACGUGGGACUUGCAUGUGCAUGCACGCGUCCACCUAUAUCCACGUGUGUGCAUGCAUAUUUGUGCGCGUGUGUGUAGCAACCUCCGUGUGCCCGUGCAUGUGGACUUGUGUAUGUUCAGGCACGUGUGUCCAUGCGUGUAUGCAUGUACAGGCGCGGCCGGGCGUGCGCGGGGGGUCCCGCACGGGCACGCGCCGAGAGCCGAGCCGAGGGAGGAGCGGGCCGGGCCGGGCCCCACAAGCGCGAGCCGGGGCGGGUCGCGACGCCCCCGAAAGCCGCAGCGGCCCCGGCCGGGCAGCGGCGGAGGAGAGGAGAGGAGAGGAGAGGAGAGGGGAGGCGAGACGAGGGCCCGGGCGGGCCGAGCUCCCUGGGCCUGUCCCGCCCGCCCAGGGCCCGCACUCACCGCGCGCCGCUCCCGGCGAUGGCGUUGGGCCGGGCCGGGCAGGCUGCCCGCGCCUCCCCCUCGGCCUGGGCGGGACGCGCCGCCCGGCGGGGCCGGGGUGCCACGUGGCUCCUCCUCGCCGCUCGGAGGCUUUGGGGCCGCCCCUUGCCCCCCCCGGCCCGCGGGCUCGUCCUGCGCCGCCCCGGGCUCGGGCGGGAAGCGGGGGCCGCCCCUCCCCCCCUGCUCCGCGAGGCACCCGGGGCGGAGGACGCGACUCUCCGGAGAGUCACGGCCGCUGGAGGGCUCAAAGCAGGACCAGCCCCAACUGGAGCACCCUAGCCAGGCUUUGUCCAGCUGGGCCUUAACCCCCCCCCCCGGGCUAGAGAUCCCACCCCCUCUCUGGCUAACCCCUUCCAGUGCUUCCCUGCCCUCCUCCUGAGAAGGUUUCUCCUAAGAUCCAGCUUAAACCGUGUUUGCCUUGAUUCUGAACCCUGCGGGGUGAAGAGAGUCCCCGGCCUUGCUCCCACCCUGCCCCUUGGGACGAGUGAGGUCAGCUGGUCACAAGCUCCAGGGCCUUGCUGGUGCCACGCCUGGUCCGCUCCCCGGGCGCCUGUCCGUGACACGCUCUCCCCUGCCCGCAGGUGCCACCAAGACCCUGGGGCUCCUGGCCAGAACCCUGCUCCUGCGGGGGCUGCAGGCCUGCCUCGAUGCUGAGCCUGCCUCAGGGGGUGAUCACCCUCUCCAGUCCACACAGCACCCGGCCAUGUCUACAUAUUCAAUAAUGCACAGUAGUUACUGUGCAUUUAAUUUAGUACAUUUAAUGUAGUACUUGGUUAAUGAAGUACUAAGUAAAUAUGCAGGAACUACAGUUACUGUGCAUUAGCAGCAGCAAAUGUUUUUUUAGAGACACUGCUGUGCAGUAGCCUAAUAAUACUGCGCAGUAGCAUAUUAGCACUGUGUGCCAUGACGCACUACUGCACAGUGUUAUUAAGCUACUGCACAUUAAGCCUCUCCUGUAGCUGUGGCCUCUAGGAUGCACAGAGGCAUUUGUCUAGCACAAGCCAGUCACCCAUGGGACUCACUGCUAGGACUUCCCACCCAGCACGUGGGUGGGUGUUGGAAGCCAGAGAGCCAGCUGCUCAGUAGCUGCUCUUGGUGUGAGACAAUUUCCCUUUCAUUAUCGCUGUGAUUAUUAUUCCCAGAAAGUUACAGGAUGUGGAGAUAAAUGGUGGGAAGCAAGGAGCAAGAUCUUCGGCUUUAUCCAAUCUCAGCACCUGAAGGACAGACCCCAACGUGCCUGCUCAUUAUCCCAUCACUGCUGUUCCUCAGACCAAUAAGUGUACCUCACUGACUGUGGCCUCAUGUGCCAGUCCCUGAACUCAUCGUGACACAACCCAGGAAAAGCCCUACCUCUCUCCCCUGCUACAUAUUGUGGCUGCAAGCACCUGUCACACUGAUACCACUGAAACAUUUUCUAUAGCCCUUUUCCUGUCUGCUGAACUUCAAGCACUUGAAUAGCUCCUAGGCUCCAUUACUCUCCACUGGCUUGGUUUAUCUCUCUGGAAAAGGGCAGAGGGGGGGUGAACGAGUAGCGUGUCCUCAGGGAUGAGACAAUGGAAGAAGUCUGUAGGAGAAAACAGACAGAAGAUGUGCACACAUGUAAAAAUUUACCCUUCCCAGAUUGCUCCACUUCAUGUAAGUAUGAAGUAAAAGCAUCAGACUACCAACCCUGGGCUCACUGAUAGGAGACCUCUGUAAUUUCAUGGACAAUCUUACAGCCUCAAGGCAUGCAUAGCUAAGCUGCUGUGGACACAGUGUGUAGCUUUCCCUACUGCCAGGGCCUGCUGAGGCAAGGGCUAACUGAUGUGGGAAACACUCAGAAGGCUCAAACGAGUUGCAUUUCAUCAUAUGUAUAAACAUAACAUCUGGAGCCCUGAGAUCAGGGCUCUGUUGUGCUAUGCACUGUACAGACAUGUAAUGAGAGACAGUCACUACCCCAAUUAAUUUACAAUCUAAACAGGUAAAAUGGAUGAAGAGUAGGAACGGGCAGAUCUUUGUUAUCUGCAUUUCACAGAUGGCUCCCUGCAGUGCCUGAGGGCUAGUGAUUUACCUGCUGUCACAGAGCAAAUCAGUGGCAGAGUUGUGCAAUGUAUGCAGCUCUCCCAAGUCCCAGUACAGUGCCUUAACUCAGUGGCAUAGUUAAGGUAGGGUGACAGGGGCAACUGUCCUGGGCACUGAUGGAGGUGGUUAGGGAAAAAAAAACAAAAAACAAAACAGCUUUUGCUGCAGCUGUGUGAUUGUGAUCGUGGCAGCAGUGGCAACCAGAAGCUGCUGCCCAUGGGUGCAGCAGCCACCUGGGUCACCCUGCUGCCUUAACCAGACCAUUUUCUCUAUCCCUCCCUAUUUGGGCAAGUGGGUGGAAGUCCCUGCAAGCCAGAGAUAACCCUGCUGUUAUCACCUCUGGGGCCAUCAAGAUUGGCAGGGUCAAAACGUCUGACAACAGCCUUCAAAAUAUCAUCUGCUUAUAACAAAAACUUGAUCUGCGUUUCACUUCUGCCACCCAGUGGGCAGAACCGAUGGAAAUCCCAAACUGACUGUGGAAAAAGGACAGUGAGAGAAAGAGCAAUAAAAUAUCCCUUCAGCAGAAAGCAAGAAUAUCCCUUCAGUGUCAUGGGGACAGUAAAUUAACUAGUGUUUGCCACAGCAAGAUUUAAUUACUCAUUCCCAGGAAGAUUCAGCACCUGUUUUCCCCAGCUGGGUUUCCCCUAGAUAGCUUAUACAUUUCCUGCUGGGUGAAAACUGCAUCAAGUCUAGUGACUUGCAAACCUGUCACGUGGGCUCGCUCAUGAAGGGGAGAUUACAGACCAAUCAGGGCAAAACCCUGUACAUUUGAUUCAGAUGAUGUCCAGAAAGGGCUGUUCCAGUCUGGAGAUGAAGGAGCUGCUGGGGUUUAGCCUGAGUCCUUCCAGAGAUAAUGUUCUAUAUUAAACAUCAACCUUGAGGCUGCCCAGGACAAGGAGACUGGGAAUGGAAGUGCAUUGGUGCAAUUUACAGCAUUUGUAUGUUUCAUACAGGAUGGUGGCUCAUUGUGGAGCAGAUUCUGGUGACAUGUUGAGUUGAGGAGAAUGGGAAACAGCCCACACUGCUACUGCAGGAAGAGGUGUUGUACAUGUUAUGGCCCAGGAACUAUUCAAGAAGCAAGGAUCUGUUUGGUGACAUUUGCUGACAGCUUCUGUAUUUAUUCUUAGACUUCAUUUGCACAUGGAAUUACACACAAGCCAUUGUUUUAUCUGGCUACUUCAUCUUCUGUCCUUGCUGGCUUCUCUGCUGGAGGAACUGAGGAUGCAACAUACAAUAUCAAAAAGAUGGAGCACUUUGGCUUUAUCAGAGCAGCAGGCUUCUUUGCCUUUCCAGCAAAAAGCCCCGAUAUAUUUCAACUGGACACAAGGAUAAGUGACUCACACCCUAGUCCCAAAGUAACUCAAGCAGAGACAAGAACAGAGCCUAGACCUCCUGGUUACUGAUCCCAACAGGAUCAGCCUCCCUUUCUCCCUGGGUCUUGGUUAAAGUUCCUUUUGGGAGCUAGUGGUGAGUAAAACAAACAGGAACUCUGACAACCAGAAGGAAAAAAAAUAAUUAAUGACUUUAUUUUUUUAGUUCAGUUGGCCACCUGAGGUGCUUAAAUCUCAAUACCAACAAAGCAAGUGUGCAUAAAAACAAACAAUAAAACACAACCAAAUGGAAGAAAACAGGCCAGAAGUUUUAUACAUGUAGGGUACACACUGUACACACUUUUCUAUUAACAUUCCACACACACCAACAAAAAAAAGCCUGGAAGAGUCUGAAUAUCAGAGUUUGCGCUCAUCCCAAGAGGGAGGUGCCAAAGCAAAAUCCCUUCACUUGGACUGGACUUCAUACACAUAUAUAGUUAUUAUUUAAAUUACUGCAAUGUCAUCACACAUGGCAUCUGCCUCUCCCCCUCACAUCUACACCAUGACAGGCUUGUCUGCCAAGCUACCUUACCUAUAAUGUCAUUCCCAAAAGCACAAACAUUUGAGAAACGUCUGGUCUCUUGUGUUGUCUUGCAUCAAUCAAGGAGGAUUUAAUCUCCUUCUCUGUGAACUAUAUACAGGCUGGUUCAUGGUAUGUUUUGGAGUUUUCUUUAUUGCAGCUGGUAACAGUUUCAGCUUGACACAGCCACUGUGGCUUUUCACAUUUUUUUUAACAUUACGUGAUAUAACACUUUCCUCACACCAGUGUCUGAUGUAAACAUUUAUCUGAAAAUUCAUUUGAAAAGAAUUAAAAAAAAACAAAGUAGUGGUGAUGAAUGUU